AAUCGGGUUUCAUCCAAUUCAGCACUCUGAACUAUUGUGGCGCAGUCGGUCAAGCAUUACUUAUGUAGGCCCGAUUAGGUGCGGCAACCAGACGCUCUCAGUCGGUGUGACUGAAGCUUUCUGUCGCACUUUUCUCCUCGCCAUCGCCUCUUUUCGCUGCAGAAACUUUGUUACAACACACAUGGGUAAUUCAAAAUUGACGAAUUAUCGUUCAAAUGCUGUGCAUGACCGGUUGCCGGAAAAGGGCAGCAUUGGAAUGCGCCAACUGUUUUGGAACGAGCUCGGCUAUGCUCUCAAAGAUUCGGAGGCAAACGCUGCCAUCUGUCGAUUCCUCAAAAGACGUCACAAAUACUACCACGGGACGAGCACCUUGUUACCGGACGCGGUCAAUGAAGCACGGAUGUCAGUUGUCGAUUACAUACAACGGCAUCCAGAAUUAUCAAACUACGAGAAGGACCUAUCCCCAUCUUCAGCUUCACUGGAUGAUCGUAUCCUGCAGACAAAGGAAGAGAUUGAAAAGGAAGAAUCUUAUUUGAGCGCUGAAGACGACGAUGACGAUUUUGAUGUUAAGCGACGGAUGCAUCACACGAAGCAAGGACCGUUCCCCGAGCUAGAGCCGCGCGGCAAGCUAGGGCAGCUCACCGAUCGCCUGGCAGAUGCCAGCAUUGACGAAGACACGAAACAAGCCAAAGCAGAUGCACAUCAGAAAGAAUUUCCCCCUUAUGUUCCAGAAUCCAUUGUUGGCACUCUCCAACGGCUGAAGGAAGGCCGCUCGGACUAUGUGGAGAACUUGAUCGCCUUUUACAAGCUUAGGUCGGAAGGUGCAUUUGCCGGGCAUGAGGACGAAUGGGUUCUGAUCCACGAUCAGUCCAUUGUCCGUUUUUUUCCAAGCGAAGAUGAUAUCAUCGAAGUGGUGGACGAACAUCCUGGUGGUGCUUUUCAGCCGGUGAAUGACAAAAAUCUGCGAGGAGAGAAGAAGAGGGCUGUAGCAUGUAUUCCAGGUGCCCAGGCGGAGUUCAAGGUUCCUUUGGAAGUACGAAUUGACAAUCUGAAGGGACACGCUACAAAUAUUAGCAUUGAGGAUGUCUGUUUUGAUACAGGGUGUCCGCGCACGACUUUGCAACACCAUCAUUUGAUUCAACUUGGCAAUCCGGCUACUACAAUUGUGUCCUUCCGGGGUCUGGGAACAGGUUCGGGCACCUGUUUCCGUGCUACAGUGUCUGGCAUCAAUCCUGCUCAAACAAAAUGGAGUCCGAAGAUGAGGAUCGAUUUCUGGAGUGAGGAGUCUAACGACGAGUGUCUGCUCGGUUUCGACAUUUUGCGGCAUUUUGCUAUCGCAUCUUUACCGACCGCCGGAACGCCAAGUCUACUUAUCGCCUCCAACGAAGUGGCGUUGAAAACCAAACUAGGCGGCGUUCACGCGAAUUGAGGCAUACCGACCAAUUGAUGUUUGCAUAAAUGGGCAGAUUCCGUUUUGGUUGACGGCUCGCUGUUGAUCCGCCUCGGAAAUACCCCUGCCGGACAGCAAAGUUGACUACGAGGCGGCAACGUGUCCGAUGAGGUUAGGGCAUGGUGGGAAAACGCCGGGGUUCUUCCAUGAAUGUAUGCAUGAAUGUAAAGUAAUAAAGGAAAUAAAUGGCGUUGAGAGCCAGGUAAUCAAG